AUGGAAACCGAGGUGCGGACGCUCAAGCAAGAGCUGGUUCGUACCCAGGAGGCCUUGAAGGUAGCCACAAAGAGAUGCCGUGAUCUGGUGAAAGAGCUGGACAAUCGUACGGCGAGCCACGAGUCCGAGAAGAGUCUUCGAGAUCAGCAGCUAUCGCGAAUUCUUCGUGCUCUGUUGGUGCUCGAGGCGAGGCUGAAGCAAGAGCAGAAAUCGAUCAGGCAGCUACUUUGCGAGAAGGACAAUGUGAUCAGGAACCAGCAACUUGAAAUCGCGAGGCUCAGGCGUUUCACCAAGAAUUACAUCAAAUGCAAACGAGACCAGACUCUUGGUAAACCGUCGAUGAAAGUCGACACAACGACCAACAUAGAGAAUAGCGAGUUGCAAACAUCUAACGUCGAUGCUAGCUCGAGGCACGACUGCAGCAUUAGUAAAGACAUUGAAAACCUGAAGUGCGAGAUAAUCACGAAACUGAAUCCAUCGGAGGUGCCUGUUGUUGUUCUGGACGACCUGGACAGAGGAGUGAAGAAAACGCAUAGCUUUGCCGGCAGUGAUAUCUCGAAAACGAGUCUGACAAGCAGCGAGAACACCGAUGUGUCGAUUAUUACGACCACUACGGAGGGCAGUCCGUCGUUGCUCAGUACAGAAGGUUUCUGCGAGGGUGAGAGUACAGACGUUUCACCUGGUUCCACCUUGAACAAGUCCAACAGAUGUACACCGACAAUGGUGACCGAUAGCGAGAACGAGACUACGAUGAUCUACGACGACGACGACGACGACGACGACGACGAGAUGAUGAUCGUGGAGAACGGUUGUAAAUUGUCGAGAAGAAAGGCUGGAAUUGGCAGGUCGAAGACGCAGAAGGCUGGUGGCAAAGAGACGGAUGUGAUCGAGACUACGAAUAUCGCGAGGACGGAAAGUAAAGACGACGGGAUGGAUUGUAAUUUUGUGUCGGAGGACGAGGAGAAGGAGCAGGAACCUAUUUACGUGAACGCCUGCAAUGAGGCGAACUCGAGGAAUCUCGAGCACACGGCAAAUGUGGUUACGGAAAUGCCGAAGAUGAACGAGGAUUAUAGUAACAACAACAGUGGCGACAAUACUGGGAAUAAUAAUAACAGUGUACCUCUGAAAGUAGAAAUGGAAGAGCAGAACGUAGAAGAGACCAGCGGGAACUGGUACAGCGAUCCAGACGAGGACAAGAUCAACGACGACGUCUUUAGACACAGCACGUACCGACCGAACAGCAACCAUAAUUCCGUUUUGGAGUGUGUCAAUCAGAUUCUCUUGCGAGACAUGGAGGAAGAAGAAAGCAUUCUUUCAGUCCCUAGAAGGUUUAAGCAUCGAGGAAGAAUCGUACGGUUUCAACCAGCCAAACUAUCAGACAUCGAAUCAGUAGGGUCUGAAAUGGAAAGAAAGAAUUCCGAAGAAGGCAUUAUAGAGACAGAAACAGCCAGCAGCGAGUUUACCGAUGUUCCCUCCAACAGUUUUGAGCCAACUGCUACUGAAGACGAGUUCGGCAUGAGCCUCACUCAAAAUGUUUCACCGUCAAACGUUACAAGCAAAAUUACGAAUCACGAGUCCAGCCUCGAGGAAGAAUCAGAAGUAUCGAAGGCUAUUCCGAUUAUUAUUAUAGAACCAAAGGUCGAAGUAGAAGAAACGAGACACGCGACUUUCUCCCCUUCGCAAGUAACACAGAAGUCAAAGACGUCGGUGAACACGGGAAAUCCACCUUUGAAGUUAGAACGAAUCGAGGAAAAAACAUGCCUGCAGAUGUCUACGAAAGGACUGACUAUAGCGAAGAAUCUGGACUACGAGGACAUCGAAUCACUUCCAGAAAUUAUAUCGCCACCACCGAAAACGCCACCAGCGUUGCCUCCUAAGCCACAGUUCAAGAACAACACGCUGAUCCUGAAGAAGAUACCUAGUCCCUCGUUCUUAAUCGACGAGACUCGAAAGAAACAACAGCUUCUCGAGUCCAGCUCGUCUGAACAUAGUAAGAAGAUUUUCGGUUUUAUAUCUUCUCCUUUGAAAUCUGCCGGGAUUAACGUAACGUCUGCAAGAAGCUUAAACUUCGACGAAACUAUUAACAAGGUAACAGGGAAUAACGAAGAAGGAAGCUUCUGGAAAAACAGGUUUAACAACGUCCGCUCCUCUUUCCAAACGCGACAACAGAACCAUGAAAUUAGCGGGGAACAGAAGCGGAAAAUUCCCAGGGUCACUAACAUCGUUCGCCAUUUUGAAGAGUUCAAAAUCGGCGGUGAAUCGGAGGAUCAAACGAAAGAGCGCACGAAGACGAAAGAGAAACAUAUUCAUUCGGAGUUCGAUCAGGAAUUCGACAUCAGACAGAAUUUCGAAGAGUUUAAUCUAGACGAGUGCGAUCUAUCGGACGAUCCGGAUCGACCGGAAGGCGAUGGAUCGGAGAGGCUUGGCAAUCUUGGGGCGAUGGUCGGUCAGAAUGAGAAAACUGCCGCAACCAAAGACAAUAAUAAUGUUCCUCUUGCUGCAAGCAAUUCAAGCAGCGGUUACGAUCAUUUCCUAGAAGCAACGGGUCUUAGCAAUAAGUCCAUACUGACACCCUCGAGGUUGCUGAGCAACCACAAGAGCAUGCUGAAACCGAAAGACGUGAAGUAUAAGAACAAGAUCAAAGCGACCGCGGUAAUGGAGAAACACGGCGUCUCCACGACGAAUAAUACUACACAUGUCAGGCAUUGGACCGGGCCGUUUGUCUGA